AUGACAGUGGACUGUGAUAAGUGGGUCCAGGUACAACACUCGGAGGGGCACCUGACCUGGACUCGUGCGUCAGAGACUUAUGUGUUUGGGAAAAUUAUCCAUGACUUGGAAUUUAAAGCGAUACUGUCUGGGGCUAAUGCUGCUGUUCUGGCGUUCCAGGUGAACGAUCCGGAUGCAGAACUGUGGAUGGUUGUGUAUACAAUUCCUGCCACUCUGACCCUGCUUGUUGGACUUAACCCUCUUGUCACAGGUAACUUUAUUUGGAAGAGUGUGUCUGCAAUACAUAUAUUCCUUUGUGGCCUGUGGGCUAUCAGCUUGGCAUACAACCUCUUGCUUCAUAAGAAACAGAACCUCUUGCAUGAGGAGGAAGGCAGGGAGCUGUUUGGUCUCGUGAUCAUCACAGCAUGGCUGGGUCUGUGCCACAGCUCUUCAAAGACUCCAGGUGGUGGGAGAAUUCAGCUGGCCAUUGCUACCACAGUCGCUCUUCUCCCGUUUAUCUCCUGGGUCUACAUAUAUAUAAACAAGGAGAUGCGCUCCUCCUGGCCAGCUCACUGCAAGACGGUGAUUUAA